AAUUUUUGAGAUUGUGUUUUUAUUUUUUAAUAUUAUUCAUAGAUUAAAUGUCGCUGUUAUUAUUCUGUACUAUUUUGGGGCUUAUAUGUAACUCUGAUUUUCUUUUUUGGCAUUGUAUGAUCAAUAUUGGGUACAGAUAUUUGAUUUUCACUGGAUAAGAAUGUGGUAUAUAAUUGAUAGCAAGUUACAAUAUUGGAUUUUUGUAGCUGUAUGUGCGUUUCUAAGUUGUCUUUUCGUGGGUAUUUGAUAGAAAUUUUGCUACUACUAUUUUCUGGGUUCGUACUAAAAUCAUGAUUUUUACUCGGAUUUGUACUAUAAAAGACUUUUGAAAGCUUAUUGUAUCAUGAAUCUUACAUUUUUCAUUACGUGAAGUGAUUCUCCUUUGCCCAUUUGCUCCUCUUAUACAUGAACUUGUUCUGCUUUUAUGUAAUAACUAAUAAGCUAGAAGGUUGUUAUUCUCAUGUUUGAUUAAUUUAUGUGUAUAAUGUAGUGGAUUGAGUGAUAGAAAGGUUGUGAAUCCUAAGGGUGUUGGAGAUGAUUGGGAACAAACAGCAGAAGUUCCUGACUGUUGCUCCCUUUGAGUGUGCUUGGCAAAAGGAGUUUAAGUUCAAAGAGGCGGGGCGAGGUUGUGUGGUUUUCGAAGCUUUUGCCCGCAAUGAUGUGACGGUGGUGUUCCGGGAGCAUGUAGGGAGCCAAUACUAUCAUUACAAAACUGACAGCAGUCCUCAUUACACUGUUGUCUUGGGAAGCCAUAGAAAUAGGAGAUUGAAGAUUGAGGUGGAUGGUAAAGCCGUGGUCGAUGUAGAAGGGAUUGGCCUUUGUUCUUCAGCUGCUUUCCAGAGCUAUUGGAUAAGUAUCUAUGAUGGGUUGAUUUGCAUUGGCAAUGGUAGAUACCCAUUUCAAAAUGUUGUUUUUCAAUGGCUUGAUUCGAACCCAAAUUGUAGUGUUCAGUAUGUUGGGUUGAGCAGUUGGGAUAAACAUGUUGGGUAUAGGAAUGUGAAUGUGUUGCCUCUGACACAGAACCAUAUAUCUCUAUGGAAGCAGCUAGAUUCUAGAGCAUACAAUGAGGAAGAGGAAAAUGAAGAAGGCUAUGAGGAGUCUAUUAAUAAUGAUGAUAAAUGGGGACUGGUAAAUUUUCUCGAGAGCUGGGAGCUUUCAGACGUGGUCUUCAUUGUGGGAGUUGAGGAAAAGCCUGUUCCAGCUCAUAAGGUCAUCUUGGCAGCUGCUGGUGUGUUUCACUUUGGUCCAGAUGAAGUUAUCAUCCAGCUGCGAGAAGUUGGCUAUCCUAUCUUGCACGCGUUUCUCCAGUAUAUCUAUACUGGCCGGACCCGGAUUUCUGAGUCACAACUUGGGCCUCUAAGGGAAAUCAGCGUACAAUUUGAGGUCAGGCCAUUAGUGAAGCAAUGUGAAGAAAUUAUGGAACGUUUCAAAACAAAUAAAAAGUUAUUUGAUUCUGGGAAAAAUGUUGAGAUCUGCUACCCAAAUUGUCAAUCUCUUCGUCCCACGGUGUUCCCAUAUGGGCUGCCUAUUAACGUGAGUAGACUCAAACAGUUCUAUUCAACUGGUAACUACAGUGACUUGGAGGUUUAUGUUGAGGAUCAUGGCUUUGUUGCUGCCUCCCAUAAGAUUGUGAUUAGUUUAUGGAGUGCUCCAUUUUUCAAGAUGUUCACAAAUGGAAUGAGAGAAAGUGCCUCCGCGAAAGUUUAUUUAAGGGAGGUAUCUCCAGAAGCAUUGCAGGCAAUGCUUGAUUACAUGUAUAGUGGGGAGCUUAAUUCAGAAGACUUCAAGGACAACGACACCUUGUUGCUCCACCUUCUUUUGUUGGCUGACCAGUUUGGCAUCACACACCUCCAACAAGAAUGCUGCAAGAUAUUGCUAGAACGUCUCUACGAGGAUUCUGUAUGUUCAAUACUUCAAGUCGUGUCGUCCAUUCCAUCUUGUAAAGUAAUUGAAGAGUCCUGCAAGAGGAAAUUCUCAAUGCAGUUUGAUUAUUGCACCACAGCAAGCAUGGAUUUUUCAUUGUUAGAUGAAGCCACAUUUAGGAGCAUUCUUCAGCAUCCGGAUAUGACAGUAACAUCAGAGGAGAGGGUUCUGAAUGCCAUUUUGUUAUGGAGCCUGCAAGCAAAGGAACUAUGUGGAUGGGAUGCUGUGGAUAUGCUCUUGAUUCAUUCAGCUCCAGAACUUCUAUUUGGCCAGAGGCUUGAUUCGUUGAACCGCUUAUUGCCACUUGUCCGUUUUCCUCUUUUGCCAAUUGACCUAUUGAAGAAGAUGGAGAAUUCUAACCUAAUGAAGUUGAUUCCUGCGUUUACAAAUCUUGUUAAGGAAGCCAUACAUUAUGCAAACUUUGGUGUCACUUGGACAGAUGUUGAACCAAACCCGCGGUUUCACCACCGGCGAUCUAGUUACAAAGACUUGCAAUACAUAUGUGAUGGCGAUAGCAAUGGGGUACUGUAUUAUGCUGGCACGUCAUACGGGGAACAUCGUUGGGUAAAUCCAAUGCUGUCCAAUAGAAUUACCAUUACCACGAGCAGUCCAAUAUCAAGGUUUACAGACCCAAAGGUUUUGGCAUCAAGAACUUACCAGGGAACCUCAUUUUCUGGACCUCGGUUCGAGGACGGGAGAACAUGCUCGUGGUGGAUGAUUGAUGUCGGUGAAGAUCAUCAGCUCAUGUGCAACUACUACACAUUAAGACAGGAUGGUUCAAGGACAUUCAUCAGACACUGGAAUCUUCAGGGCUCGUUAGACGGGAAGCACUGGACGAACUUACGGGAGCACAAAAAUGACCAAAAGAUCUGCAAGCCUGGCCAGUUUGCAUCGUGGCCGGUGACCGGUCCACAAGCUCUACUUUCUUUCAGAUUCUUUAGGGUAAUCUUGACUGGUCCAACCACUGAUCCCACAGAAACUUGGAAAUUUUGCAUAUGCUUCCUUGAACUUUAUGGCUACUUCCGCUAGUUUUAAGGAUACAGAAUAUAAACUAGUUCACCUUAACAUGUAUACCACGCUAUACUACUUUGUCUUGUGUAGUGACGUUGAAAAUCUAAUCAAUGGGAUGAUGCCCACUUGUAACAUUAUAAUUUUGCUUCCUUUACCGUCUGAUCUAUUUUUCCGCAGCACUGUUUAAUAUUGUAUGUUGUCAAACUGUACCUACUUACAUGUCAUUUUUGUUAGUGAGAUUUAUUCUGUUAAAGAAAGUUGACAGUGGUACAUAUGUCAAUAUGUGUUGUGACUUCA